AUGCCCUCUUCUUUCGGUGAGUUGAAGCUUUCUAAGCGUGCGGAGCGUUGUUGUGGGAACCUUAAUCGUUUUGUGCAGGAGUUGCAGGCGGCAUCAGCUGCUGGUUCAUCGGGAAAGUGUUUGAUUUCUCUUGCUAUUGGCGAUCCUGCGCUGGACGGAUAUUUUCUUCCUCCGUCGUCGCUUGUCUCAAGCGUGGCGAAAUGUGCUAAGUCUAACAUGUGUAACGGAUACAGCUGCUGCUUUGGGUUCGAGGAAACGCGUUUGGCUAUUGGAAAAUACUGGAAGAAAAACUUUCUUCCUUCCAUGAAAGGCGAAAUUGCGGCUGACCAUGUUGCAGUUGCGUCGGGGUCUGCGGAUGCGUUGACAAUGUGUUUUGGUGCCAUGUGCAGUGAAGGUGACAAUAUUUUGCUGCCGUCUCCUUUUUUUGCGCAUUACGACACAAUCUGCCGCUAUUACGGUAUUGAACCGCGGCAUUAUCGUUGCGACCACGAGAAAGACUGGGAGAUCGACUUGGAUCACUUGCGAAGCCUCGUUGAUGAUAAGACGAAGGCGAUUCUGAUCAACAAUCCGUCCAACCCGUGCGGCAGUAACUUCUCACGGCAGCACCUUGCGGACCUUAUCCGUGUGUGUGAGGAAUUGCAUCUCCCGCUUAUUGCGGAUGAGGUCUACGCGGGCCUGGUUUUUUCCGGCGAGACAUUCACCUCCGUGGCGGCAUUCGACACACCUGUGCCUAUUUUUGUUGUGAGCGGGCUCUCGAAGCGGUUCAACGUUCCAGGGUAUCGCUUUGGUUGGGUGAUUGUUUUUGACCGUGACGGUUAUGGCGUCAAACUGCAGGCAGCGGUACACUGUUUGGCAACCCGUUCUUUGAUGCCUAACUCGGUUUUGCAGUGCGCUGUUGUGGAGGCCCUUGAGGAGACGCCACAGAGUUUUUUUGAUGACUGCGCGAAACGUAUGGAGGAGGGGGCAAUGACGCUUUACAACGGCUUGAACGGGGCUCCCGGGCUGAAGCCUGUGCGGCCGCGUGGUUCGAUGUUUAUGUCUGUCGUUCUCGCCUUUGAAGAAUUGGAGAGCAGUAUUCAGUCGGACGUUGAGUUUUCCAAGAAGCUUGCAGAGGAGCAAAAUGUGCAUGUAUUUCCUGGAGAGCCUUUUAAUAUGCCAGGGGCUCUGCGGAUUACCGUCUCGCGGCCUUUGCCGAUGAUGCAAGAUGCUGUGGGCCGUAUUCGCUCCUUUUGUGAGAAUCAUCGACGCGUCUAA